CCGAAUUGUUCCCCAGCAGAUCCCGGCAGACCUACUCAGUUCCUGAUAAGGACAGAGGGACCUUGGCAACUUCAGUGGCCCAGAUUUUUCAAGAGAGGGAUAAAAUGAGUAAGAGGAAAAAGCUUCGGACUUCAGGAGGAGGAGUCCAUCCUCUGAAGGCCCCAAAGAACCCAAGGCUAGGAGACUCUGACGGCCCCCCCCAGAAUUCUGAGUGGGGCUCUUUGUGUCUCUCUGAAGAGUCAGAAGGCAGAUUAGAACCCAUUCCCUCUGCAGAGCAGAGGACAGAAGAACCAGUACAGACAGCCUCCAGCUCCCAUGAUGAGGAAGCAGGAUAUCCCUCCAGGCUCCUCGGGCAACCAGAAGAGGAGCCAGUUCCUGCUCUUCUUUCCCAGAACUCAGCCAGGAGGUUUGUCCCCCAGUUUGCAAAACCCAGGAAGACAGUGACAAGACAAGCAGAGCUGCGGGAAGAGGACCUUGGGGGUGGAGCCCCUAAAAUCAGUCAGGAAACACCACCAGAGCCCAGUGCCCAGCAGGCCAGAAGCCAGCUGUGGGAGGAGUCCCUAGGGCUUGCUCCCUGGGAGGCCAGGGAGCUGGGUGCCCAGACCCAGGUAGACAGCACCCACCCUGAGCACAGAGACCAAAACCCCAUGACACCUGUGCCUGGCAAUGGGAAUCCUCAGCCCUCAGCCUCCAUCGAUGCCUCUCCAGAAUGGGGGACAGUGCCCUUGGCCUCCGAGAGGGCCAGCCAGGACCACCUUUCGGAGCAAGGAGCCAAGACAACAGAUGGUGAAAGCAGGGAAGGGUGUUGGGUUCUAGGCUAUCAUAGCCAGAAAGGGCUCCUGCUGAGCAGUGAUGCUGAAGAGGAGUCAGACCAAGGAGCACUUCAGGAAACAGGUGCCAAAGGGGGAGCAGGGGCUGACCUGCCUGAGAGGCAUCAGGAGGAAGGAGACGGCGUCCUAGGUCCCAUCACUCAGGAUCCAGAGCCCAGAUCUGCAGCCCAGGGCCUCUCUGACCCCAUGCAGAUACCCAGCAAGACUGGCAGGGAAGCAGAACAGAGUUGUAGCAGCCCAAGACACUCCUCCCUUGAGACCGUUGUCAUCACAGAUGUGAGCACAGACCCCACCGAGCCAGAACAGAGGGCUCCAGAGGUGGCCAGGCCAGAUGAACAGGCCAGUACCAGAGCACCUACCUGUCCCAGGGGGAAGGCCUCUGAUGGAGGCUGCAGUGGGAGCCUGCUCAGCUACCCCACACGUAAAAAAGCCACUGAGUUAGGUCGCCAGAGCCCUGAACGAGACCUUGAGGGGUUCAGUCUGUCUCUUGGAGCCCUUGCUCCACCAGUGCACAGAGAAGCUGUGGGUGGCCCUUCCCAGGAGACCAGGGCCUGCCAGGACAGCAUAGAUGCCCCUGCGGACCCCACAGGCUGGUCUGAGCCCCCUCCUGGCUCUGCAGACCAGGCUGUGCUGGGGGAGUCCCCGGCCAUGGAACCUGACUUCCUGCCAGACAGCCAGAUACGGGAUGCCCUGGAAUCCCCUGACUUUGAAGCCUCACCUGCGCAGUUGUUUCCUACAGGGACCAGGCUGGACUCUUGUUGGCCUGGCACAAGCCCACAUGCUGAUGGAGGCCUUCUCACGGAGCUCCAACUGAGGACCUGUGUAGGGAUCAAGGCCUGUGAAGCCGCCAGGAUGGAGGAUGCAACAGACACCGUGCACGGUCUUGUUGUUGAGCUCUCCAACCUGAACCGGCUGAUCAUGAGCACCCACCGGGACCUGGAGGCCUUCAAGCGCCUCAGCUACCGGAAGGCGAGGCUGGCAGGGAAAGCCCCGGCACCCUACACAUCAAAGGGGGCUGGGAAUCUCCCUCCAGGGCAGCAAUCCUGGAGGGAUUUGUAGAUUACUUCCAGACCGCCUCAGGAGCACCUUGUGUGCGUGCACGUGCACAAACUCACAACUCACAG